GCCAGCCCAGAAGCGCAAACGGCAAAGCCGCCUCUCCUUCCCCUUCUUCCGCACACAAUCGUGGCACAGUCCUCCUGUCUGACGGUCGACCACCAGUGCGAGCAUUCCGACGCUAGGGUUCUGCCACGGUGCCGCCGCAUCGUCGCCCGCGACCGCCGCCGCAGCUAGAGAUGGACGCCGCGGAGGUCGCGGCGAAGGUAUGCGCCCUCGAGGCCGAGCUCGCCGCCACUUUCCCCCGCAUUGCCGACCUGGAGGCCCGGGUCUCGCUCCUCGAAGCCGAGAACGCGCGCUGGAGGAAGGCCAUGCCCAGUGGGGAGGUCUCCGGUCGAUUGGUGGAGGGUUUGGGCGGCCCCAAGCGAAAAACAGUCCAGGCGGUGGGAGUACCCGGCCUGGCGUAUGCUUCUUUUAACGAGGUCGGUGACGGCGAGGAAGAGGGGGUCGCCGCUGAUGCCGGCAACGGGAGGAGCGGCGAGGAGGAUGGCGUUCCCGCGGUGCCGACCCCUAGGAAGCGUGCAUUGCUUAGAAUAAUUGACAGUGAUGAGGAGGAUGACGAGACAGAAGGGCGCCCUGCACCCACCAUAAGGCGCUUGACUCGCUUAGCGGAAAAACAGUCGAAGAAAGCACGAGUCGAACCCAAUGAUCAUGAAGAGAGCGAGGAUGGUUCGGGACAAGAUGGUGAUAUGGGUGAAUCUAAAAAUGAUGCAGAUUGUUCAGAAGAUUCUGACAGCGAGCAGAUGGAUUACACCUUGCUGAAGGAUGUGACCCUGGCUUCAAACAACCAGGUGAGGAUUCGAGUCAGAAUAACGCGCAUUUCGCAUUACAUGGGCAAGUAUCAACCAAGAGGAAUUCCGCAGGUUGAUUUUGUGAUGCUCGAUGAGCAGGGGGGUAUGAUGGACGGUCAAGUACCUGCGUGGCUUGCACAGCUCUUUUUGCAACGCAUCAAGGAGGAUGAUGUGUAUUACAUACACCACUUUAAGGUUGUCCACCCUAGUCUGCCCUAUAGGGCUGUUGAUCAUCCUUGCAUGGCAAUGUUCACGAGGGACACAGAGAUAAGCAAGGAUGAACACGUGUCUGAUAGUUUUCCGGUGUAUGCAUACAAGAUAUCGCCUUAUGAAGUCCUCCGAUCACGUGAAAACAACACAGCUCUAAUGUCUGAUGCCAUUGGUCUUAUGCUGGAAGUUUCAAAUGUGAAAGCUGUUAUUGUCAACGGUGCACCUCGGGCAGUCCGUAACGUGUACAUAAGCGAUGGCAGAGAGACGGCCGCUGUUGCUUUGUGGGAGGCACAGGCAAAUCAAUUCCCAGCCGAGAUUCUGCAGCAGCAGAUGCAGCAAGGACCAGUUGUCAUUCUCUUUGUUGCCGUGACUGUCAAGCUGCGUGAAGGCCAACUGUGUUUGCAAGGAAGCAAAGUCUGUAGGUGGUAUCCCAAUGCUCCUAUUCCAGAAGUUUUAGCUUUGCAGAACAGUUCUGCUGGAGUUUCACAUGAGGCCAGAUUGGUUGACACAUCACCAACACAGACCCAGACGGGUUAGUGCAUGGCAGGGCUUUCUUCUGGAUGAUGAUGCUUUUGGACCGCUUAAGAAGACUAUUCAUGAUAUGGAGACGCGCUCCCCGUGGUUGUUUGGGAUAUACAGUAGUAUGAGAACAAGGAGGACCCCUACUUUCCAAGUUUCCAUGGCUCGUGGUGUUAGUUAUAUUUUGACCUUUCUGUGACCCUUUGUACCUCCCCAAUCAGUCAGUCUUUUGUAGAUAUACGGGCUUUGUUUUGUGUCUUCUCGAGUAGCCCGUAGUUAGGGGAAUGCAGCCAUCCUAUGUUCAUAUUACGUACUCCCUCCGUUCCGAUUUACUCGUCGUGGUUUUAGUUCAAUACCUAGGAUGCUCCCUGUAAAUCUGUAAUAUCCACCUCGUAGUACUACAUCUAUCCUCGAGAUGCUUUUGUCCACUUGUUGUGUGUUGUUCGACGUCUUUGUUCAUGGGGUCAGAAUGCCAUGCCUUCUC